UACCUCGUUUCUGUAAAAUUUGAUUCUCAAGCGGGAAAGAUGGCGAAAAGGUUUAAAAGUUUACGAACAGUCAACUAUUAAAUGAAUAACGUUUUAAUGAAAAUGUCAAAAAACCUAAGAACCAACAUAAAGAAACAUGGUGGCAUCGAAACGAUUAGAGAAAAUGCUCGUAACGAAGCUCAAUACGAUAGGCGGAAUAAGCUUUUCAACCACUUGUUCUUGAAAAGGACGAAACUUCAUUAUGGCGAUGACAUUGAGCAUAACGGAGAUGAGAUUUUUACAGCUGAAGACGUCAGGACGCUUACAAAGUCACUGAAGAAAAAGUCAGAUAAAACUGAAGAUAUACUUAAAGGUCUGACUAAGGCGUUUAUCUUCCUUCCCGCGCACGUGAACAUUUUUUUAGAGGAGGAAAAUUCUCUUUGGACAUUGGUUAGUUAUCUGACGGGAAAAGACAGCAAACUUCAAAUAUACGCGUGUUAUUGUAUCACGAAUGUAACAUCAGCGGAUCAUGGAAAAGGAGAAACAAUAGCAAAAAUGUGUGCACCGUAUUUAAUCGCUUACUUGUCCAGCUCAGAUGCUUUAAAACAAGAUUUAUGUGCCACUGCUUUAGGCAAUUUAGCAGCUGAUGGGCAGCAGCUUAGAGAUUUGCUGAAAACGCAAGGCAUCUUAAAACCACUUGUUGAGUUAUUCAGGGUACAAUCUGCCGCAGUUAUAGAAUCUGCUUGCUUUGCUGCAAUGCAGUUGGCUGCUGGGUCAGGUGACAUUAUAGCCGAGCUCCAUACAAUGGGGAUUGGAGAGCUGCUUGUCAAAUGUUUGAAAAGGCCUGAUAUACAAAAAGUACAUGAGAACAUUGCAUGGUUGCUAGUAUACAUUGCACCUAACGAGACUCACACAAGGAGCCUUGUUGAAUUUGGGCUCCUUGACAUAGUCAUCAAUAAGCUUCAACACAUAUGCAAUGCAAUAAAAGAGAACUUGAAUGGAGUGACAGCUUUUGUGAGAUUACUUGGAAACUGUGCAGCUGUUGUAUCUGAACCUGCAAUCAUCAAGUCAUUUGAAAGCGGAAAUCUCUUCAAGGCAUUGACACAGUUGGUUAGUUGCAACCACACACAUAUUGUGAAAGAAUCCCUUUGGGUUUUAUCAAACAUAAUGUCAAUAAGAGAAGAAAUGGCAUUAGAUGCAGUCGACAAUGGUAUUAUCAUGCAUUUGAGCAGAUGCCUGAACUAUGGUGAAAACAUUCAGCUACAGGCAGUGAAAUGUCUCUGUGCAUUAUCAUCAUAUGGAGAUUCAUGCAUCAAGGCUGUGGCCAGCCUAAAUGUUCUUGAGUUCUUUAUAGAGUGUCUUCAAAGUGACAAUAUUGAGUUAAAACACUUGGCAAUACAGUUCAUUGAAAUGGUUCUUAGAUUGCAUGACUAUGGCCAAGAACUUUUGAUGGAAAGGAAUAUAAUUUCUGUGUUAGAGAAAAUGAUGGAAAGUGAUACUUUUCCAAAAGUCAAUGAUGCAGUUAAUGACUUACUUACCCUUUACUUCUACAUAAAAUAAAUUUGUAAAUACAGAGAAAUAGUAAGAUUUUAAGACAUUUACUUUUUAACUUUUAGCAAAGGGAAAGAGUUCUGAUUUUAUAUUACUUCUAGAUUCGCAAUAACAAGUACACAUGAUUUAGUCUGUUAUUUUGACAACCUGCUGGAGAACAUAGCAACAAUGUUAAUUAUUGGCAAGCAUUUUUCAAUAAGUCUUCUUGGCAUAUCUUGGCAGCUUUAUGCAGCUUUGAAGUGCCAUCUAUUUAAUACACAAAGUCAGCUAUGGCAAUCUCUUUUGACAAGAUUUUACAUGAUUGCCUUAGAAAACAAAAAUUUUACAUGAUUGAUAGCAGUGUAAGAUCUUGCCUCUUGUUCAAAGGAAUGCUACUGGUUUAGAGAUAUGGAAAGUGCCACCAUUCUCUAUACAUCUCAGUAAAAUCCAUUGAUUCAAUGUUUACAUAAAGUUAAAAAUUUUAUAAGAAAUCUGACUGCAAUAAAGGAUUGAGGGUAAAAAGUUUCACUCAAAUCGAUUUUUGCAGAGCCAAAUCCCUAAUAAGAUUCUAAACAUCUUCACAAAAUCUACAAUAUGGUAUCCAGAAAAAAUACGGUAUCCAGAAAAUUUUUAUCUAGACUAAAAGUAUAGUGUCUAAUCCUGAUCUAAGUUUGAAAAAGCUGUACAAUUAAGUUUAGAGUGGUAUUGAAAUCCAGUAAUGUUGUUUAUUUGUAUGUUGCAAGACUGCAUGGCAAUUUUCUUCAGGCUUCUAUUUAUAAGGUUAUCAAACUUAAGCAACAAAG